AAUGCGAAGGAAGCGCGUGCCGUCCUCUUCCUCCUCCUCCAUGCUGUCUCUCUCUCUCUCUCUCUCUCUCUCCACACCACCCCUACAGCGGUGGGACGAGUCCAAACCCGAGCACGACGGAGAGAACACACACACACACACACACACACACACAGGGAGGAACAGAGCGCGAGCAGUGAAGUGCAGUCGGUUCGGUGUUAAACACAGAGACACCGGGAGCGCGCGCACUGUGGACAUGGGUCUGUCUCUGAAGAGCUGGGUGACAAACGAGGGAGGAAAACACUGCGUGCUGGUGUGUGUGUGUUUUCAGGUUGUAUGGGUAGGUGUGAGUGUGUGGCUCUUCUGGAGGACGUUCAUGCUGUACUGCAAUGGAGCGCAGUAUUACUACUUACACAACAUGCUGGGGCUAGGACUGUGUGUGAGUCGAGCAUCAGCAUCUGUCCUGAACCUGAACUGCAGCCUCGUCUUGCUGCCUAUGUGCAGAUCCAUCCUCACCAUACUGAGGGGACAGACACAGGUGAGCAGUAGAAAAGUGCGCAGGUUGCUGGAUAAAAGUAAAACCUUCCACGUGGCGUGUGGCGUCGCUAUUUGCGUCUUCUCAGUGAUUCACGUGAGCGCUCACCUGGUGAAUGCUGUCAAUUUCUCUGUCCGAUUCUCAGACGAGUUUCCUGACCUCAAUGUAGCACAUUACCGGGGCCAGGAUCCCCGUGUCCUCAUUCUGACCACAGUUCCUGGGAUUACAGGUGUCCUAUUGGUGCUCAUUUUAUUCCUGAUGUUUACAGCGUCCUCACACAGUAUACGAGUGUGCAGCUAUGAGAUCUUCUGGUACACUCACAAUCUUUUUAUCCUCUUCUACAUCAUACUGAUGCUGCAUGUGCUGGGAGGGAUGUUGAAGUACCAGACGAACGUGGAAGCCCACCCGCCAGGCUGCAUCUUGGCCAAUCGGAUGCCUCCAACCAAUCUGACAGCAGAAGAAGAAAAGAGGGCGGAGUCAGCUAAAAGCUCACCUACAGUGUGUGGCGAAGAGGCCAAGUUUCAAGCUCACUUUCCCCAGUCGUGGUUAUGGGUCUCGGCUCCUCUCUGUUUGUACUGCGCAGAGAGAGUGUAUCGCUAUGUGAGGGGCAGCAUCCCUGUUACCGUGGUAUCUGUCACAAGGCACCCCUGUGAUGUCAUUGAGGUGUGCAUGCUGAAGAGUGGCUUUAAGCCCCGCCCAGGACAAUACAUUUUACUGAACUGCCCAAGUGUGUCAUCAUUCGAAAAUCAUGCAUUCACUCUGACUGCGUGUCCAACUCAGAACAAAGACACAUUUGGGAUUCAUAUUCGAGUGCUUGGGGACUGGACGAAAUGUUUUUCGCAGCUGUUGCUGCCUGAAGCAGAAUAUUCCGAGGUCCUUCCCAUGAUGCGUCAGCAGAGAUACCCCAAGCUGUAUGUGGACGGUCCGUUCGGCAGUCCGUCUGAGGAGGUGUUUCAUUACGAAGUGAGUGUGUGUGUGGCCGGAGGGAUCGGUGUUACACCUUUUGCCUGCAUCCUACACACUCUGCUAGGCCGCUCUUUGUGUGUGUGUGUGUGUGUAUACAACAGUGAUGACUGGUGUCGCUAUAAGCUGCAGAGACUCUACUUCGUGUGGGUCUGUCGAGAGUUGGAGUGUUUCUACUGGUUCGCUGAACUGCUGUGUAGUUUAUAUUGCAAGUUAUGGAAGGAGAAUCGUCCUGAUUUCCUGAAUAUUCGUCUCUAUCUCACUAGUACACACAGGCCGCAGAACCUCACUGAGGAAAAGUACCGCCCCCUGAGUUCCAGGCUUUUGAUUGGGCGACCCAGGUGGAAGCUUCUUUUUCAGGAAAUAGGGAAAGCCAAUAAGCAUAAGAAAGUGGGCGUGUUCUGCUGUGGCCCGAAAAGUAUCUCCAGAGAGUUGCACAAACUUUGUAACUCGUUCUCGUCUUCAACAACCGUCUUCGAGUACAACAAGGAGUCCUUCAGCUAACACGCACUGAGGGAACUUUAAAAGGAACCUCAUGGGAUAAAAACUACCGGAUGAACCGAGCUGGAUACAGAUGACUUUUCAAGAAGUUAACAAGGAUAAUAGAAGAAUAAUAUACAAACAAAGAGAUUGUUCCUGUUUUUUAUUACUGUUAAUGUAUUUAUCUGUUGGUUUGAGUAUAUAUAUAUAUAUAUAUAUAUAUAUACAUACAACUUUAGUUAGUGUUUUUAUACCUCCGUUGUAAAUUGUGAUUAUUUAAGAAUAUUAUUUUUUGUUGUUUAUUCUUCAUUAUUGUUUUUUUUUUUUUUUAAUAUAUAUAUAUAUAUACAGUUACAUCAGCAGCAGUAUUUAACUGUUUGUGAAAUUAAGAAAUCGUUUCAGAAAGAAUUUUUAGUUUCUGGUGUUUUGUUGAACUUGCGAUCCGCAGUUGGACUUUCAGGAUGUUUUUAGUAGAUUUUAUAAAUUUAAAUUAAAAAUUCAGAUUUUUAGAAGAGAAACCAAUAUUGUGCAUAAUGAAUAUUGACAUUGUAAUGAUUUUAUGGUUAAUUGCCACGUGUGUGUGUGUGUGUGUGUGUGUGUGUGUGUGUGUGUGUGUGUGUUUAGAGAAUUGCAGUGUGUGGAUUUUAUGAGCCCUUUAUUUAAUCAGUAUAUAAACAUUAUUGGUGUUUUAUUAA